UCGGCUUGCAUGUUCUUGAGGUAACUGCCGGCUAGUCAACCCAUAAUUACAACUCUUGUCAUCAAUGCUGCGUUUAAAUAAUAUUGUUUUUACUUAGAUCAGGUGUAUGCCGCCAUGCACAAAUAAAACAUUAAAUCAGCUUUUAGGCUUUUCAUUCAUACUGCGUUAAAGCGAGCAGGUCAUCUCAUAAUGAUUUGACAACGCGCAUGGAAAGAGGCAUUUGUUCAAACUUAAAUUCAUCCUUUGCUGUUUAAGGUGCAGCCCAUCGCCAUGAGUGGAAUACUAAAGAGGAAGUUCGAGGAGGUGGAUGGUUCCUCUCCGUGCUCGUCCUUGCGGGAGUCGGACGACGAGGUCUCCAGCAGCGAGAGCGGGGACAGCAGUGACAGUGUCAACCCCUCUGCCUCGAGCCACUUCCCCCCCUCCUCCAUACUGAAGCGCGAGAAGCGGAUGAGGACCAGGAACGUGCACUUUGAGAACGUGACGGUGUACUACUUCAGCCGGAGGCAGGGCUUCACCAGCGUGCCCAGUCAGGGGGGCAGCACACUGGGCAUGGCCAGCAGGCACAGCUGCAUCCGGCAGUACACCCUGGGGGAGUUCGCCCAGGAGCAGGAGCGGAUCCACCGGGACAUGCUCAAAGACCACCUGAAGGAGGAGAAACUCAACUCCAUAAAACUGAAGCUGACAAAGAACGGCACGGUGGAGUCGGAGGAGGCCAACGCGCUGACGGUGGAGGACAUCUCGGACGACGACAUCGACCUGGACAACACGGAGGUGGACGAGUACUUCUUCCUGCAGCCGCUCACCACCAAGAAGCGGAGGGCCCUGCUGAGGGCGUCGGGCGUGAAGAAGAUCGACGUGGAGGAGAAGCACGAGCUGCGCGCCAUCCGCGUGUCGCGAGAGGACUGCGGCUGCGACUGCCGGAUCUUCUGCGACCCGGAGACCUGCGCCUGCAGCAUGGCCGGCAUCAAGUGCCAGGUGGACCGUAUGUCUUUCCCCUGCGGCUGCACUAAGGAGGGCUGCAGCAACACCGCGGGCCGAAUCGAGUUCAACCCCAUCCGUGUCCGCACUCACUUCCUGCACACCAUCAUGAAGCUGGAGCUGGAGAAGAGCCGUGAGCAGCAGGCCUCCGCCGCCAACGGAUACCACGGAGACAUGGGCGUGCACGCCAACCCCCUGGUCCAGGCCCAGCACAGCCUGGAGUACGCGCUGGCCGACAGCGUCCCGCCCACGGCUCUCCUGCACCUCCAGGCCUCGGAGGAGAUGGACGACCCCAUCGACGACGACGACGAAGAGGAGGAGGAGGACGACGAGGAGGACGACGAGGACAACGACGACGACGAAGACGACGACGGCAGCAGCCUCUGCAGCGGCCUCAGCGACUCCAGCACCCAGAGCCUGGCGGCCAGCGAUUCCGAGGAGGAUGAGGACGAUGACGACGACGACAAGUCGGACGACUUUGAGGACAGCAUGAGCGCGUCUCCCGUGACCCACGCCGAAGUCGUGCCCCUGUCCUCCGUUUUGUGUUACUCAGACAACGCGGCGCACAACGGCCACGCCAACGGCAACUCCUACUUCUCCAGCUCCGCGGCAGAGUGCUACCAGCUGGAGAACUUGGGCACCGUCGGACAAACCGCGGAGCCCUACGGCGAAGCCCAGCCUUUCCAAGAAAGGGUGGCCAAUGGCAAUGGGGCUAUGUUCGGCAUCGGCUCUGAGCAGUACCCCAGUUACCCCAGGCCGUCUGAGGAACGUUACACCAACCACCACUUCUCGGUGACCAACGGCGGGUCCUCCAACAUGGUCUGCCGUGCUCCUGACCUGGAGAACAAUGUCCAGUCCAAUGGGACGUGCCACGACCUGCCAAAAGGCCCCUCCCAGAUGGAGAUCCAGAACUACUUGAACAAUAACUCGCAAGAGCACUACACCAAUAACGGGAACUGUUUCAUGGCAGAGAAGCCUAAGGACCUAUCUAACGGGCUGUCUGAAGCGUCCUCCCUGCCAGACGGUAGUAAAACAUCUCCCUCUCUAGAGAGCUUUCCCCAGGUCGCACCAGUUUAGCGUGCCACGCCUAUUAGGGAAUUUCUAGAAAUUUCUAAGUACAAUUAAUGAACAAGUAUGGUAAAAAAAGACAUGCAAUUUAAAAAACUGAAUUUAUGGCAAAAUCUGAAUUAGCGGCUUUUGCUUUAGAUACACCUUUUUCACAAAUUGCACAUACAGUUUUCAUUUUAAAACCCUAAUGGUUUAAAAAAGGGUCCAGGCUCAAAGUGGGGUUGUUUUUGUGGAAUCCUACUGUCCCUAUAUAAUAUUAGUUUUAAAUGCAAAAAUAAAAACCACAGAACCAUGUAAGCUUUAGGCCUGUGAAAUGUAAGUAUCUUGUCAUUUAAAAGUAAAGGUUCUAGUUUUCAGCACAUUGUGGAUAGAACUUUUAUAUGUCCAUAUGUCAACUGUGGAAAAAGUACAUUGUUUCAGUUUAUGGGGUUAUGACGUGUAUGUAAAGUUAUGUUUUGAUAAUGAAAAGCAUGUUAUUUUUGAGCUGUUGUUGGCAUUUAUUGCAUUUUAUUACAAUAUGGGUUUUUAAAUAGCUGUGUACAUGUACUGUACAAACAUUUAUGUCGUUAUAUCUAUUUUGUGCUUUUCUAUUGUUUGUAAUAGCAUGGGAUUGGCUCUGCAAUAUUUUUGUUAAAUCUCUAUUGCUUUAAGUUUAAAUGUAAAAAGCAUAAAUUGAUUUGAGAUGUAUAAAUGACAUUAAGCUAUAGUUCUGCAUUUGCACUUUCUAGACUGAAUUCUGAGAAGGGGCAGUUGCCAUGUAAUUACCUUAAUGACCAAAAUACUUGAAUUGUGAUAAAAGAUUGAAUAACUGAAUAAUACUUCAGUUCAGUUUGCUAUCAGUAUUUUUCCUGCAUUUGUUAAAUCCGUUUUCAAAGAAAUAGUUUAGCUUUACAACACAAGUAACACAAAAUGUAAUAAAAAUACAUUUAAACCUGACGAGAUCACUGAGAUCACUUCAGCAUCACAUAGCAACACAAAAACAGGGACUCCCUUAGCAUUUGGAUAUGGACCUCGUCCUAAUUCUGUCAAGCAUUGAAUCUUCCUGGUAAGCUUUAGUAAUGGUAAAAAAGAAAAUUCCUGGCAAAUGAAACCACAUACAACUGGACCACGUAUUAUAUACAUAGCUACAAAGCUCUCCAAACUUUUCUGGUGUUUAACUAGACCAUGUCUUUGAUUGUAUCAUCUUGGGGUCAGCAAACUUAUGAAAGCAACGCUCAUUGUAAACUUGAAGUGAGUUUUUAUAAUUGUUUGAAACAGAAUGUACUGUCUAUAGAAAACAUGGUUUUUAAUUUUAAAAAGGCAGUGGACCACCUGAUCACACAGGGAGCAGACUUGGAGAUGAUUCUAGUUUUGGUAUUGAGAUAUGCUGACACUAUAGGCAUAGGCUACUACUCUACAAUGACGUUUUCAAUGCAAUGAUGGGAAACUAUGUUAAAAAACAGUGGACAGGUCUAGGAUAUUUCUUCGACAGUGUGCAAUAGCAUCUGAAAUGGUGCGAACAUGUCAACUAUUAAAUAUUAUUUACAAUGGGGUUGACCCUAUGUAUUGUUAAAAUGAAAAGUUUUCAAUUGAAGGGCAUUAUAUGAGAGAUGUGUCGACCAAUGACAUGACCAGAUCUCAGUAAAUGACUGAAGAAUUUUACUGUAAAUCAUUAGAUGCACAUUAGCUAGAAAAUAUCUUGAGAAUCGUUAAAGACAAUCCGCAAAGCACUGAAUGGACUACACCAGUGGUUUUAAAAUCAGUCCUGGGAACCCAUGUGUAUGCUGGUUUUUCUUCCAACUACAACUGUAAUCCUGUAGUAUUAUUAAAUUGUGUUUUCGGGGAUUAUUUACCCUCUUAAGAUAUGUUGUCAUAAAUAGUUAUGUAUGACAUAAUAGAAGUGCUGUGUUGGAAAUUAUUAGAUGAUCAAUUAACUGAUUAACUGAUCAAAUUAAAGACUCAACAAGCAAAUCAACAAGCUGCUAAUUGGGUAAAGUGUGAACUAGCUGUUUGGUUGAUAAUAAAGAAUUCAAAUACAAAUACAAUUAUAACAAGUCAAAUGGCUCGUUACCAUUUGCAAAGCAAUUAGGAGCCAGUUGAUUCACCUCAGUCUUUACACUUUAAAACAAGUUUACCUCUAUUUAAUCAUUCUCAAUCUAACCUGUGAAUGUGGGACAUUCUUCAGGGCAUGCAUGCAUUUUUCAUCGCUAUUUUUGGUAUAAUAAGGCAAAAGAGGGAUCUGAAAAUAGGAAAAGUGUAAUUAAGACAAAUUAACUAUUUGUUCAUUGCUAUGGGAUUGCAGUUGUAGUUGGAACAAAACCCACCAACACAUGGGCCCCCAGGACUGAGUUUGAAAACCACUGGUCUACACCACUACAAACAUGCGGUAUAGGCCUGAUCAGUGUUCAAUUCUUCUAAUGAUCUAGCUCGUAAUUCACAAGGCAUUGGAAUAUUAAAAGGAGAAUGAAUCAUUCUUAAACAGAUCUCACUGGGUGACACAUCUAUUUCUGUAUUUACUACUAUACAGAGAGAGUGCAGUGAACACCUUAGAUAGCCUAUUAGGCACUACAAUAAAUCAACGACUGAGGUGUUGAUAUAUGAUUUAGGCCUACCAUCAUCCACAAAUCUCUCAGUGUUUAUUAAUGCUGGAAAAAUGCAAGUAAACGAUGUGGCGAUUAGAAGAUCACUCAAGGCAUACGUGCUAUUUCGCAAGGCUGCUUUAGUUUGCCCUGGAUUCAGAUUCUCUAUUAACUGGUGUAUGAAUCUGAACUGGCGCUCGGUUCUGAGAUCUGAGGGCAAGAGCCGCCAUUCCCUUUGUGCCAAAGCAGCUGAAAAUGGACAACGAGUGACGUUGCUACUCUGAGUUUGUGUUAAUCUGCUGUAUUUUGAAUUUUAAGUAUUUAUUAAUGAAUGAUAUUGAAAUGCGUAUUUAUUGUGGUUUCUUGCAAAUGUCUGUAUUAAGGAGGAUGCUUCUGCGGUCUUAAAUUGUCCUUUGUUUUCUGAUGGUUGUGAAAUGUGUCUAGCUCUUGUUUUAGCUGCGGUAUGUGCCUGUCGUUAUGUUACUUAUCUCUUCAAAUCGCAAGAAUUGGUAAAACUGAAAAUCUAAUUUCACAUAAUGUUAUUUCGAUAGCUAGAUAGAUGUUAAAAUGUAUUGAGGUUUUAAAUACAAUUUAGAAAAAAGAGCCAAAUGUUUACCUUUUUUUGUUGCUUUUCCACCAGUACCUGACUUUGAAAUAAAUAAAUAACUGAGCCUA